AUGUCAAUCAAUGCUCAGAGUACUACAUGGAGAGGGAACUGCCAGUGUGCAAAGUAUUGCGGAAAUCCUCCGACUCAUAAGGUAUUUUCUAUGUUCUCAUUACGGGACUCUAUUAUCGCUCUAUUGUUAGCCUUUGGGGAGUACUGCAUUGAAUCAAGGCAUGACACAUUCCGUUUGCAGCUCACUGUUUUAGGAAAGAUUCGAAAUUGGAUGUGA